AAGAGUAUAAAUAGACAUACAAAUGAUAGGACAUAUAACAUAGAAUGGCAUAUGUACAUGUGCAAGUGGUAAUAUAUGUGCAAGGUAGGGGUAUGUACAGUUAUUGAAAAAACAUGAGUAAUUUUACAUAUUUACAUGAGAUAUUUAUUUACAUUUACAUUAAAACGACACAGACUUAUCCUCAAAGGUAAUAAUAGAACGUACAGUAUAUAUGUAAUAGAAACAUUCAAAAUGUAAAUGGUAAAUAGAAAGUUUUAAAAUAAAUUAAAAAAUAAAAAUAAAAAAAAAGAUAAAAAAAAAACUUCUAUUAAUGGAACAUGAGCACUGAUGGAACUCCUGAGUAUUGUAUUGUAAUAAAUUAUAAGUGCAUUCUAUGUGGACAGCAUUUUUAUAUCCACAUACUGUAUUUUCAUAUUAAUAAUGAAAGUGUUACCUUUUUAUUUUGUUAUUGUCUGUAUCAUCAUGAAGUGCAUGCUGCAAAAGCUAAAAAAACAAAACAAUAACACUUUUUAAAAAGAGGUAAUGCUGCGUCUUGAAAUGUAGCAGAGAAACUCAGAAUAAAGUUCAGUUUAAGAGCAUUUGUUCUGUAGUUCUGUAGUUAUCGCGCAAAGGUUUGAGGUACUACAUGCUGCAAAUGUUCUGUUUUCAGUUGCACUGAUAGUCGCGCUCGAGGGUCGCAUUAGAUUCUGCAUGUCUCCGUUUCAAAGGGCUGAUAGUGGCUCCUCCCUCUCUGUACCUUGUGACAACAACAACUCAUCCAUAGAACAGAGCCACACUUUUCUGCUCAAUUUCUUCCUGUCAUUCUCUCUCAAUCUUUCGCAGAGUCCUAAUUUAUCCACGACACCUCUCCUCGUGCACUCGCGCAUCGGUGGAGCCCUCUCCGGUGGAUUUCUUCUUCUUUGCGCUACUUUUGCAUACUGGUUCUCUUUCCAAUCUGAACUUAUUUCAUAGGUGCAGAACACCAUGGCCGUACCGGCUGCUCUGAUCCCCCCCUCGUCUCUGGUCCAGCCGUGUCCGAUCUCAACUUCAUCGUCAGCAUCAUCAGCAUCAUCAUCAUCAUUCUCCGUGAACGCCGCACCAUCAUCCUCGCCCACGGCCACUUCUGCGUCUCCCUCUCAGUCAGCGACCCAGAAUCUGUUCCGAUCGGAUCUGAUCAGCGCUAACUCCAGCAUUCCUCUGCCCGGCAAGCCCGUGUACUCGACCCCAUCUCCUGUUGAAAACACCCCGCAGAAUAAUGAGUGCAGGAUGGUGGAGCUUAGGGGUGCCAAGGUGGCCUCUUUCACAGUGGACGGACAGGAGCUCAUUUGUCUUCCCCAGGCGUUUGACCUGUUCCUCAAACACCUGGUUGGAGGACUGCACACCGUCUACACCAAACUCAAGCGGCUGGAGAUCACGCCCGUGGUGUGUAACGUGGAGCAGGUCCGCAUCCUGCGGGGACUGGGGGCCAUCCAGCCCGGGGUCAACCGCUGCAAACUCAUAUCCAGGAAAGACUUCGAAGUCCUCUACAAUGACUGCACCAAUGCCAGCUCAAGACCCGGGAGGCCUCCAAAACGGACCCAGAGUGUGACAUCGCCGGAGAACCCGCACAUCAUGCCACACUCGGUGCCGGGGCUCAUGUCUCCAGGAAUCAUUCCCCCCACAGGUCUGACAGCCGCCGCUGCAGCAGCUGCAGCCGCCACCAAUGCCGCCAUCGCCGAGGCCAUGAAGGUGAAGAAAAUCAAACUCGAGGUGAUGAGCAGCUACCACAGCAACCGCACUCACCAUGGUGCAGACUCAGAGAACGGAGAUCUCAGUUCCAGUGUGGGCUUGGAACUGCCAUUUAUGAUGAUGCCCCACCCCCUGAUCCCUGUCAGCCUGCCUCCCGCAUCCGUCACCAUGGCGAUGAGUCAGAUGAACCACCUCAGCACCAUCGCCAAUAUGGCCGCCGCAGCACAGGGACAGAGUGCCCCAUCCAGAAUGGUGACAUCAGUGAUUAAGGAGCGUGUCCCUGACAGUCCCUCCCCUGCCCCCUCUCUGGAAGAUGGCAGGAGGCCGGGGAGCCGACCCUCAUCCCAGCGCAGCAGCAGCGUCUCCAGCUCUCCCGCGCACACCGAGAGCUCUUCCGACAGAAUGCCUGUGCAUCAGAACGGACUGUCGAGGAACCAGGCAUUACUGGGCCUGUCUCCCAGCAUCUUACCCGGACCUAAGGAGGGUGACUUGGCAACUCACGACAUUGGCCAUGAGGCCAAGAGAAUGCACCUGGAGAAAGAAAAUCCCCUGUGCACGCCAACAGCGAGAGACAGCUAUGAGAGACUGUCGCUGGCAAGUCAGGGUUUACCUCCAGGAUUCCCCUCACCUUUCCUCUUCCCUGAUGGACUGUCAUCUAUAGAGACACUUCUUACUAACAUUCAGGGUUUGCUGAAGGUGGCGAUUGAUAACGCCCGCGCUCAGGAGAAACAAGUGCAGCUGGAGAAGACGGAGCUGAAGAUGGAGCUGUUUAGAGAGAGAGAGCUUAGAGAGACCCUGGAGAAACAACUGGCUGUUGAGCAGAAGAACAGAGCUAUCAUUCAGAAGCGUUUGAAGAAAGAGAAGAAAGCGAAGAGGAAAUUGCAAGAAGCACUGGAGUACGAGUCAAAGCGACGAGAGCAGGCGGAGCAGUCCCUGAAACAAACGUCACCCACAGAAAAUCUCAGAUCACUCAACGAUCUGCUUCUCGGUCAGAACCUGGCAGCAUCAAAUCUGUAUCAAAGCAUCAUAUCUAACAAUAAUUCAGUGAAGACUUGGAAACAACUGAACUCGUUGACCCAGGAGAUAGAGACUGACCGCAGUGGUGGCAGAACAGAUGCUGAGAGGACAAUACAAGCAGAUGGAAGACUUUUUCUGAAAACCACAGUGAUGUACUGAUAGCAUGCCGUUGAAGACUGGUGUCAUAUGAAGAUUUUCCCGAGUCCCCUUGCAGGGUAAUUUAGUUACAGCAACAGGUCAAUCGCUCAUAGAGGUGCAUCAAGUGUCUGUUCUUGGCCCGAUGUGGAAGACGGAUUGUUUCAGAAUGUAGUAUUAGGACUCUUAUUCUCACAGAAAUUAAUGUUAUAAUAUGCCAGUUGUGGGGUUUGGAUAUCAUGAGUUGGCUGUUGUGAAGGUGACAAUUUGAGCACAGUAAAAUGUACCGUUUGGUACACAUGGUGAUAAUACUUACAACAAACUCACAGCACUGAAGAAUUUUUAUACUGUAUUUAAACCAGCGAGAAAGCUUCGAAAAUAAAAUCUGAUUCAGAGGUUUUGUUUUGUAUUAAAAAAAAAGAAAAAACAUAAGUCCUUAAUGUCAUAACUAUUUGCCAAGAUGUUAAAAAUCCAAGCUUAGAAAAGAGCCUCUGAAAAAUUUAAUUUGAAUAUAUGUUGAUGAACAAAAAUGACUAAUAUUUGCUUUUAAUGUUUUCUAAACUAGAAGAAAAAAACAAUCAUGUUUCAUUUCUAUCAUUAUUGUAUAUACAAGAACAGAAACUAUAGGUUAACUCACUCAAUUUGGUAUUUGUAUAUAGUGUUAAAAGUUGGUAUUGUGUAUGCAGUAGAUCUAUUAGGAGAACAAUACCAACGUUUAUAUUGAAUUUAUAAAUUUGUUUUGUUUCUGAGCCAUCAUUCUUUCAAUUCGCUACCACUAUGGUGAGGAAGCAUGUAGGCAUGUAAAUGUGUUGUCCUGAUUUUAUGUUAUUCAAUAAAUACUUAACUGUGCUGAACAAUUACGUACUUAGGGUUUAUUCACUUACACCCAGAAAAGGUUGAUAAACAGUAUCAUUUUAACUGCUACAUUUUCAGUUUGCAGUGAGAUGAAUCUUAACCAUGUAUGCAUUGAUUUAAGCUGCAGUUUAUGAAGAAGUUGUAUAGAUCAUUAUGUUUAAUCUGGUGUAACCCCCCUUUAAAUGACAAGUGCUCAUUGUGUAAAUAGAUAUUUUCACAGCAGAGCAACAUACUACCUUCUUAAAAUAAUGGGGGGGGGAGGGGGGUGAAGGAAUAGCUUGAGUUAAAGAAGGUUGAGUGCAUUUUUUCAUUGAAUAAUAUUAUAUAUGAUAAAAAUGUAUCUUGAAUUUGGAUUUGUUUUAAUCACUUGCUGAACUGUAAUAAUCCUAGUUUAAAACUGUUAUUUCCAACAAGAUUAGAUACUUCAUUAGAAUAUUAGAUAUUUCACUAGAUAUUUCAGUCUAGACUUGUUAGCAACACAUCAAUUUGUUCAUAAAAAUGUCCUUUAUUGUUAUAUUUGAAAUCAUUAUUUAUUAUGUAAGAUUCUUUUAGAAAUUCCUGAAUUAAUUGACAACAUUUGGCAAAUUCCCAACAAUUAACUUUUACAUAUACACUACCAGUCAAAACUUUUGAAACACUUGACUGAAAUGUUUCUCAUGAUCUUAAAAAUCUUUUGAUCUGAAGGCGUAUGCUUAAAUGUUUGAAAUUAGUUUUGUAGACAAAAAUAUAAUUGUGCCACCAUAUUAAUUAUUUCAUUAUAAAACUAAAAUGUAAUAAAAAAAAAAAUUAAAAAAAAUAGUUUUUGAAAUUGAUGACUUGGACCAAAUAAUAAAGAAAAGCAGCCAAUAAGUGCCCAACAUAGAUGGAAACUCCUUCAAUACUGUUUAAAAAGCAUCCCAGGGUGAUACCUCAAGAAGUUGGUUGAGAAAAUGUCAAGAGUACAUGUCUGCAAAUUCUAGGCAAAGGGUGACUACUUUGAAGAUGCUAAAAUAUAACACAGUUUUGAUUUAUUUUGGAUUUUGUUUAGUCACAACAUAAUUCCCAUUGUUCCAUUUAUGUUAUUCCAUAGUUUUGAUGACUUUACUAUUAUUCUAAAAUGUGAAAAAAAAAUUAUAACAAAGAAUGAGUAAGUGUUUCAAAACUUUUGACCGGUAGUGUACGUUAUUGAACUUUGCCAAUAUAAAGGCAAAAAUCAAGUUAUCAUGUCAAUCUGAAACUAUUGAAUUUGAAUAAAGUGCGAAACAAUUGUA